GGGGAAAUUGCUGUGUCUUGUGAGAGAUGCUCCUAAACCACAACUCAGGCACAAAGCCCGAGAUGCACAGGUGACUCCUGCUUCUUCUCUUCAGCUGCUGUCACACGGUCUGCUAUGGAGACGUUCGGUCUGAGGAGGACUCAGUCCCUGAAGAGUCUCUCUGGGGGUCAGGAGAGGUCAUGGGUCAUGCCAGCCUCCACCCGCUGGGACAGGAAGUCUGUGUUUCAGCUGGUGCAACAUUACCAAAGCUGUGCAGACCUAACCAGUGACAAAAAGGUGGAUGUUAAAUUUCAGGGUUCAGAGAGCUGUGUGGACGGGGGAUGGAGGAGGAUGGAGAGCAGAGAGAGUUUCUCUCUGGGGGGGUCUGGAAGGAGCUCCAACCUGUCGAGGAGUCGCUCGAUGGAAUCCCUCCCUCAGAGAGACACUUCAGGCACUAAAGCUCUGUGCGCUCUGUUUGAGUCCAAGGCCUCCCUGCAACAAUGCUUCAGCAGCUCCCCACUCUGCUCUGUGCCUAAUAACAGCAGUAAGACAGGGAGACAGUGCCCCCUGCAGGACUGGAGAAGUCACAACACUUCUUUAAAGGAAACAUCCAUUCAGACAAACUCCACGGGAGACAGAGGAAAGGUCACGAAUGGGCUGCCAGAGUCUUACGACAGAUCAUUCAGAUACUCACACGAUGACAAAUACAGUCCAUCACUGACCAAGGGGGGCUCCCCAUCAAGACAAAGCAGAGACAGGAUAUCUUUGUUGUCGUCGGUGAGAGACAGAUCAGCUCUGUAUCUGUCGAGAGCAGCAGCCACAGACUGCACAGGAGGCUCCACUCACACAGAAUUUUCUGAUACUCCAGUGACAAGGACUAAAACCACAAAGAUGGCUGAAGCAGCUAGGAAAAUCACAGUGUCACCAUCAUCUCAUGAUGACGACGACCUGCCUCUCCCCCCACCUCCUCCCAUACCACCAAGGCCCCUUGACUAUAAAGGGUCUUCAGGAAGUAGCCUUCCUGUGCCUCCACCCAAAGAAACCUUCUCUGGGUUCUACCAAGAACGGCAAAAAAGUGAGCUUAAGAGGCUCUUCAAGCACAUUCACCCGGACCUAAGGGCAAAUCUUGAUGUUGCAGUGGAUGAUGAGAUAUUAAAGGCGGUGCAGUCCGAAAACCCUCAGGCAGCGGACGCAGGUUAUCAGGGGGAAGUCCAAUCAAUGAGGUGGAUCUUUGAGAACUGGACUCUGGACAACAUUGGGGAUACACAUGAAACCAAGAAGUUGUUGUAUGAUGAAGAGCUGAAAGGUGGAGAUGUUAGCGGCACCUCCUCUAUGUUUGAGCACAUUGACAGCACCCAACAAAUGUCUGCCAAAAGACAGAUUUCAGUCAGGGGUGAUGUGAGAACAUCAAUGUGGCUGUUUGAGACCCAGCCCUUAGAUUCUCUAAAUGAAUCAAAGAGAGAAGAAGGUGAGCUGGUUGAAGCAGUGCUGAAAGAACCGAUCCAGACUGGAGAUGUGAGAGGGACUCGGCUGCUCUUUGAGUCUAAACCACUGAGUGACUUGGGACGCUGCAACUCUGUAGAAGACCACAGCUUCCUAAAACUGAAAUCUGAGCUUCAGGAGCAGAAAGGAGAUGUCCAUAAAACAUUAAAACUCUUCCAGGCAGAACCCUGCUGUGCCAUCAGGGACAAGAGUGGCAAUAUCCAUGAGAUCAAAUCUAUCUGCAGGGAGGAGAUCAACAGCAGUAACAUCAGCACUGCGCGUUGGCUUUUUGAAACACAGCCACUGGACCUGAUUAAUAAGGGAACUGAUGGGGUAAAAGUUAUUCGGGGUAUCUCUCUGGAAGAGGGUCACAGAAGAGGAAUUGACCAGAAGAGAUGGAUGUUUGAAACUCAGUCAUUUGACACAAUACAAGAAGUUGUUGGAGAGGACAACUUUAAAGGAACAUUGGCUGAAUGUGCAGGAGAGGCAGACGUUGGGAACAAGAGAAAACUCUUUGAAAUGCAACCGUUAGAAGCACUGAAAGGAGACUCUGAAGAAAAGUCUUUGGAAAAAGAGGAAGUCAUUGGAGGAGAUGUAAAAACUUCUCUGUGGCUAUUUGAAACUCAACCCAUGGAGACUCUUAAUGAUAGCUAUGAAGUUGGGUGUUUGAAGAAAGUCACCAUUUCAGCUGACGAACAAGGAGAAGUUAAAGACAGAAAACAAAUAUUUGAGAGUGGAAGUAUUAAGAAGAACACCUCGGUCAAGGAACAAGGGAUUGAGAAAGGUGAUGUUAAGGGAUUCAAACACCUUUUUGAAACAAUACCUUUGAGCAAAAUUGCUCAUUCUGAUGAGGCAUCAGUAGUGAAGGAACAAGUUAUUGUUGCAGGGAAUGUAAAAGACAACAAAGCAACAUUUGAGACAACUCCCUUAUAUGCAAUAAAGGACUGCUCCGGAAACCUACAUAAAGUCACAACAGUCAGCCGGGAAGAAUUAAUCAAAGGGAAGGUCCAAAACUACAAGUGGAUGUUUGAGACUAAGCCUUUAGACAAACUUGCAGAGGGGAAAGAAAAUGUUGAGGUCAUCAAAGGCAUCACAAGACAUGAGGACACAACUGGCGAUUUCAAGAUGGCAAAGUGGCUUUUUGAGACACAGACAAUAGAUGGGAUCCAUUCCAAGUUCAACCAGACAGAGAUGAACGUUUCUGGUGAAGAAGAGUCUUGUAAAGGUGACGUAAAGACCUGUAAAUGGCUGUUUGAGACAAAACCAAUGGACAUUCUGUAUGACAAAUCGGAAAAAGAACAUGAUAAAGAAACCAUUGACAAUGCCGAUGUUAAGUCCAUUACUUGGCUUUUUGAGUCACAGCCUCUUGACAGCAUCAAAGAUGGAGGAGAAUACAACUUGAAGCUCUGCAGCACCACACAGGAUUCUGUCAAAUCAGGUGUUGGUGUGCAAACAGUAAAACAUCUUUUCGAAACAGAAACCAUGGAUAGAAUAAGAAGGGGUGCAAAUCCUGAACAUGAUGUGAGAUGUGUCAGCCAGGUCAACUUUCAGUCUGGAGAUGUCUCACGAGUCAAAGACAUUUUUGAAUCCCAGUCUCUGGAUGAAAUAGGGUCAGAAAUGAUGACAACAUGGGAUCAACAGAGCCAAGAUGAACAGAUUGAAAAAGGUUCAGUCCAUACAUUUACUUGGAUGUUUGAGAACUGUCCCAUGAACCUGAUCAAUAAGGACAAAAAUAAUGCAAAUAUUCAGAGAGUCACUGGUGCAGAGAGUGGUGAUGUUCAGAACAAAAAGUUUAUCUUUGAAACCUCCUCACUGGACAAAAUUCAAGAUCAACCCAUUGAACAGGAGUCAGACUCUGUGGAACAGCCUGUGAGCAAUGUUGAUGUAAAGUCAAGCACCAUGAUGUUUGAGUCCAUGCCACUGUAUGCCAUAAGAGACAAAGAGGGCCUGUUUCAUGAAGUUACAACUGUGAAGAAAGAGGAGGUAAUGAGUGGUGAUGUAAGAGGAGCAAGAUGGAUGUUCGAGACGAAACCCCUUGAUGCAAUCAAAGCAGAGAAUGAAGUUUAUGUGAUCAGAGCCGUCACCCAAGAGGACGUCAAGAAAGGAGACGUAAAAUCAGCAAAGUGGAAAUUUGAGACCCAACCCCUGGACUCCCUUACCCCCCGAGACGAACCCUCUGUCAGAGUCGUUGAAGACUUAGGAAGUAGUAAUGUGCAGCUCAAUAAACAAAUAUUUGAAUCUGAGCAGUCAAGCAAGAAGUUUGUGCGAAUGGUUAGUGUAACUGAUGUCCAGCAUGGUGAUGUCAGGACAUCCACUUGGCUCUUUGAGAAUCAAGCCAUCGACAGUCUAAAAGGGGAACCUCAGGAGGAAGGUCCAGUUAAAACAGUCCACAGAGAAGACAGCCAGAAAGGAGAUGUGAAACGCUGCACUUGGAUGUUUGAAUCACAGCCGCUGGACAAAAUCAAGGAGUCUGAGGGGACGUCAGUGCAAAGUUCUGAAGAGGAGAUACCAAAAGCUGAUGUGAAGUGCACCACCUGGCUUUUUGAGACUACUCCCCUGGACAAAAUCCUUGCAAGCAGUGUUGCUGACACCCUGUCCUAUCUGUACCAAAUGAACUAUGUUCACUCAAGUGGCAUCAUAAUAGAAGCAAAUGAGAACAAGAAUGUUAACAUGGCAAAGUACUCACUCGAAAGUAAUGAAGGUGUGCAAAUCCAGAAAGAAGAUAUUGUCGGGGGUAACAUCAGGAACAUCAUGCUACAACUAAUGCUCAAACCAACAUCCAACCUAAAGCCCCAAGUUUGUAUUCUCAGAGAACUGGAGAAGGGAAAAGUCAACACCACUGUAGUAGAACUUCCAAUUUACCAGUCAUCCACGACUAUCAACCUGGAGAGGGAUCAGAGAACACAAAACAUUGUCCAGAUGAUCGAGGAAAUGCUUGUUCAAGUUAAGGGUCUGAAAAAAGGAAUCAUAAUGCAAGAGACUAAAGAGGGACAAGCGGAAAUGUCAGUUUAUUCACUUAUCUGCAAUUAUGAAACAAAAACCGACAGUCAUGUUAUAGAAAAGGGAGAUGUUAAGUCUACAAUUGGAAGUCUUUUAGCUACGGCCAAUAGUCAGAGGACUGCUGCAUCAUGUGUAGUGGACAAAAACGAAAAGGGAAAUGUGAAUUUGUACAAAAGUUGCAUUGAGAAAGGAGAUCUGCACUAUCUGAAAAGUCUUCAUGCUGAGGCAUCAGGAGAUGAAGUUGAUCACAGCCUUUUGGCUGAGGAGCAUAUUGAAAUAGUUCAAGGGGAUGUGAAGGAAGCAAAAAGAAGUCUUUGUCAGCAAAAAGACCAAGUAGAGCGAACCAUUUCUGAUGUUUUGCCAGGGGAUGUAAAGAAUACUAAAAAGGUUUUUUCAUCAGAGUGCUCCAUCAAUGUUGAAAACUGUCUCCCAAAAGAAGAAAUAAUCCCUGGGGACAUCUCAACAGCAAAGCAACAACUUGCAGAAAAGCAACCUGUCACUGUAGAAAAAGAGGACAUUGUGGCUGGUGACAUCAAGGCAACAAUGCAGUCAUUGGAACGUGCAAAGCAACAGAGCAUGCUGGUUGAGCGGGAGCUCAUUAAACCUGGAACUAUCUAUGACAUGGACUUGUCAGCUGAAGUUCCUGAAUUAGAAAAUAGCCAUGCACAAAAAGAGGUCAUUGUAUCCGGAGAUGUAAAAGCAGCAAAAAAGUCCCUGGAAAUGGCCAAGCAGCAGAGCAUGCAGGUGGAACGUGAAGUCGUUGUCCCUGGAAAAAUAUACAACGUGAAUGUCAAAACACAAGAGCAAAGCACGUCAGCAACGACGCAAUCUACAUGUUCGUCUUCCUCCAGAUGUCAGCAAAUCAAGACAAACAUUUCAAAGGUCAGUGAAUCAGGGAAAGCUAGGGAAAGCUAUGUUUCCUGUGAGGCUAGUCAACAAAGUGCAGUUAUAGUUAGUAAUUGUGCACCAGUAUCACAGCCACCAUUUGUAAGUUAUGAGUGUAAUGGUCAGACAACAGAAGAUGAGACAGAAGGAAUUGUCAGGGGAGAUGUGAAGGCAGCUAUUAAGUCUCUGCAGAGUGCUGCAACAGAGCAGAAGCUCCCAGAUAAAGAAGAUAUUGUAAGAGGUAAUGUCCAAUUGGCUCUGCAAUCUCUUGAAAAGUCUAGUGUAAAUGUAUCCAAAGGAGACUAUAAAGCUGCAAUGAUAUACAGAAAUUCAGGGAGGGCUUGCUCAGGUAGGAGCGAGACUGUUCACAAUCAAUGUGUUGUGGUGUCUAUGCCUCCAUCUGACACAAAACUGUCUCCUUCAAUUUCAGUAACCUAUGAAGGACAACCAACCAUUACAACACAGAAUCCAUCAACCAACCCUGUAGCAAAUGGAUACUCUAAUUCAUCCAGCCCUGAGAGUGUAUCUCCACCUCCAAUCCCUCAAAAAACAAGUGGGAAACUGCAAGUGCAGAGGCCAGCUUUACCACCAAAGCCCCAGUGGACGAAAUCAGUAGUUGUGGAAGAAAAGAAUACUACAUCGAGUCCUGCUCCUGAAAUCAUUUGCCCCAUUAAACACAAAAUGAAAAAUUCAGCAAUUCCACCAGUUCAAGGCAAAGAACUCCCAAAACCUUCUACAGAUAAACUACAAGAAAACACAAGACCCAACAAAAUAGGUAAAGAGACCUUGCAUGAAACCUACCAAGAAAGAUGUUUGGAUGAAGAAGUGCAACAGUCAGAUCAGGCAACUGAACAUCUACCAAUGGACUCCAAAGCCCAGGACAUUAAGAAAACAACACCAUCUACAGGAAACAAAUCAGACUGCCAAGGGAUGAUAUUAAACACCUAUGAAGGGGUAAUGGAGAGAAAUGUCAUACAGAAAAUAAAUGCAGCUGAAGAGAUACAAAUAUGUAUGAAGAAUUACGCAGAAGAAGGUAAACAUGAAAUGAACAUGAGCCUGCAGGCCGCGCUCAAAAACUUUGAAAGGAAAGAAAGUCACACUCUGGACAAAAGAAUCCCUUCAUCGUCCAAGAAGGUCAAACUAAUUCAAGACAAUUUAAGUGAUCAUGAAAAAACCAACAAAGCCAAAACUCAACAAAACCAAUCACAUCCCAAACCUCCAGAGAGACAAAUCAACCUUGAAGAGAAAGUUGUUUUAAGAGAAAAGAAAGUAAAGGAGACAGAUGACCAAAGACGACAAAGACUUUCUGUCCACAAGGACGAGAUCAUGAAAGGAAAUGUGGAAGCAGCAAUGGAAAUCUUUGACAAUUUGAGAAAACGAGAGGAACUCAAAGGAAUCCUGAGUCAAGUGCAAGAGAUAGAGGGUGAGACCAGCAAUACAGAUGUUAGCUCAUUGAAGACAAUAUAUGACAAUGUCCCUGCUUGGAUAGAUACACCUAGUAGAAAUGCACAGCGAAGAAAAACUGAGGAAAAGAAAGUUGAAGCAGAGCCACAGGACGAUGAUCUGGAAAGCAUCUCCUCCGUUGAGACUGCAUUUGAGGAUCUGGAAAAGGCAAGCAAAGAAAUAAUGAAUCUGAAAGAACAAACAUUAGCAAAACUUCUAGACAUUGAAGAGUCAAUUAAAAAGGCUUUGUAUUCAGUCUCCAAUCUGAAAUCUGAGGCAGACAUUGCAGGAUUGUCAGGACUAUUUGACGAGUCUUUGAAAUCUGAUCAAAACUUUCAACCAGUCAACAACAUCAGGAAAAUAAGUAUCGUGUCAAGCAAAGCCAAAUCAGGUCAAAUCAAAGAAAAGUCUGAUGUGAAUUUGCAAACAACUUUAGAUUCAAGUCAAUCUACAGAAGGAUUACCCAGGAAAGUGCACAAUAAGCCACUCAUCAGACAGUCCUCAUCCCAGUCUUCCCCUUCAUUCAUCUCCAUUCACUCAGCUGCCAGGAAGCCUGUUGAACAACAAAAGUCGACCAUGUCAACCUUUAAUCCAAAAACAGAUAGCCAUUCUCAUAGUUGCCCUGAUGCAAGUAGUGAUCUGGGACUGGAGUCUGUUGCUGUAGACACUUCGAAAGGUGGUCACAGUCCUGCACAACGCAAGGUCAGUGUUCUUGAGGUAAAAACUGUCCCAGAGCAACCAGCAGGAAUAAUUGGCAAAAAGACUGUGAGCGAAAUGUAUGAAGAAACCGAUGGCUUUGGCAAUGUAUUUGUUUCCUCUGUGACUUCAACUGUUGUCACCAAACAUUCAGACAGCAAAUCAUCUGCACUUUUUGAAGUAGUUGGAAGUCCAGCCAGAUAUGAAGUCAUGACUUCCCCAUUAAUUCGAAGAUCUGGACGCCCAUUUGAUGACAAAGUGUUGAGCAACCCCAAGGAGGAGGGGACAGUGUUUGUCACAUUCAGCCAACCAAAGGAAAAGCAAUAGUUAACAGUUCUCAAUUAUUUUAUCCUAGGAAAGCAGUUAUUCCAUUUUGUAUUUAUUAUCUUUUUUUUCUUGAAAAAAGGUUGUGUUAGUCAUACAAUUGAUCCUAUGAAGUUAUCAAAAAGUUUAAUAUCAUUAUUUUUAUUGUCUAAGAUUUUUUACUGUAACCACAUGAUAGUGUAGUUUUAAACUGAAGCUAGGCAUAUAAUUGAUACCUUAUGUUUUGUUGUGUAAAUUGUCAAAUAAAUGACGCUUUAAAAGAUCCCA